AGAAUAUAAAUAUUCUGUCUCCAUUUUAAAAGAAUUUGAGAUGCUUUUGAUUGGUUAUGAGAAAAAACAUUAUUUUAAUAUACACACCCUUUUUUUCUAUGCAUCCAUGCAGGCAGUAUUGAUUGGGCAUCCCCUCUGUACCAGGCAUGGUCCCUUGUGCUGGGGAGACAAUGUUGAACUUGAACAAGAUGGACCAGUCCCUAUCCCUCAUGGUGCUUACAGACAUGUGGGAGACAUGCACAGGAUGUGGGAAAAUCCUAGAUGCCGUGGAAACCAAUCAGAGGGACACUUACCCCAUUUAGGGAUGCAGUGAAUGGGGGCAUAUCCCUGAAGAAGUGACAUGUGAUCUAAGAGCUGAAGAUUGAACAGCAGCUAGGCAAGUGAGGAGAGGGAUGAUAAUGUACUAGGCUAAGGGAACCAUAUGUGCAAGUGCUUGGAGGCAAAAGUGCUUGUCCCCUUCAUCCCCUCUAAAGAGCUGAAAAUAAUUCCAAAAGGCCAGAGCAGAGAGACAUGAAUGAGGUGUGACCUUCAGAUUCUCUUCAACAAAUUAUUAGAACAAGAAAAAAAAAAUGCUCUAUUAGCAUAGUAGGUAUAUUAAGAAGCAAAUAUUAGUAUACCUGAUGCCUACCGAGUGCUUGGGACUAACAGGCACUCAGUGAAUAAAUGUUUUCCAGCUUAUCGGCUGACUGACUGGCUAUUCAAUACUAUGUAAGGAGCUUCAAGCUUUGAUUUCUGCCUUCCAAUAUCUUUUGGUGUUAUUUGGUAGCAGGUGGAAAUUUAAAAACAACAAAGGGGUUUUAAAAAUCAAAAAAGAAAGAACUCAACAGAAGAGCAGGCAAAGGUUUAAAGGCCUUGAGUGAAUGGGGGGCAAACCACGUGGUGGGUGGAGGAGACCCCUAAGAGGUUUGCUGGGGUACGCAGGGCUGUAACUGGAACCUGAAAGUUUCCACCUGGGGAGACUAAGUCAGAGAACUUGGAUGGAGCCCCUCCAUUAAGCUGUGGUGGCAAAACUAGGUAGUUAUUUGUUGAAGCAGCCUUUGCGAUCUGAGCCUGAACAGCCACGGGCAGGCUUCUGCUGCUAGCAACUAUAGCGUGGAACCAUACUAUUUUCCACUAAAAAUCUGGGGCACAUUAUCUGGCAGAGGUACAAAAACUUGCAAAUUAGAACUCUCCCUGGGACUGCAGAAUAUAUGAUUGUUAUAGACGUGGAUUUUCAAAUUGGUGUGAUGACCAGUUUUAAUAGGGCCUUAUGGCUAGGGACAUAUGCUUCAAAGCCAGUUAGACCUUGUUUGAAAUGAUGGUACCAGCAAUGUGACCUCCUGCAAGUUUCUUUACUUCUCUCUGCCUUAGCUACUUUAUCUGAAAAUGGGGAUAAUAAUACCUUCUUAGGAAUUAUUUGACUGUUUCCAUUAAAAAAUAAAUACACAGUAAGUACUCAAGACCAUGCCUAUGCUAAAUAAUAAUAUUAUUGUUAAGAUAAUAGUGAUCGAGCCUAAUUUAUGGGGGUAAUCAGACUCUUUUGGGAGUACGUAACCCCCUGAAUUCUUUGACUUUCCAAGUACCCAUCAUUCCCAGGUCUGUAAAUGUGUUUUUGUUCUCAGUUUAGCCUUUUAUCAGGAUUCCCAAACUCACUGAUUAGGCUGACUUGUAGGCGCCAACCUGAAAAAGAAUUUGACUUUGUCAGUAUUGGGAAAAUAUUUGUAAAAUACUACAGUCAAUAAAUAAAUAUACUGUAGACUUUGAGUCGCUUUAAAAAAAAAUUGCCCAGCAGGUUAAAAAAAAUUCUGGACUCAAAAUGUUAACUGGGCUUGGUUUAGUAUUUGGACAAAGAAAUCCCUGCUCUGAACUGAGCAGAGAGAUAAGCGCCUUGACUUGCAAUAGAUUAAGAGACUUGCAUUGGUGAGAACAAACCAUGUCUGAGGCUCUCCCUGAGUGCCGCCACAUUUAGAUUUAAGAUUAACUGCAGCCGAAUGGUGGAGCGGCUGUUUGUUUUAUGAAACAAUCGCUAAUGACAUUAAACAGACGGAGCCCCUUCCAACAUGAUUGUUCAUUUGCGAUAAACUGAGAGAAGCCCACAAGAGAUUGAAAAAGAAAACUCAUAAGUGCUUCAUUUUGAGGCUCUUACAAUAUUCUAUUGGAGGUGACAAUUAAUGGAAGUGAAUGGGAAUCUAAUUCAAAGCACAUUUAGAUCACGGGAGGAGGAGGUGUGGCAGGAAAGAAUCAAUAUGAAUUUGCUUGCUUUUAUAUUUAUAUUAAGGAAUCAAGUCAUCAUAAUUUCAUGACAAGUUUUCCAAGGAGGAUUUUCUUUCUUUCUUCCUCUUCUUUUUAAAUGCUGUUUAGUUGGUCAUUUCUCUUAUUUCUGCAGCUCCUGGGCUCCUAAAGCUGGCACUAAGCGUUAACUGUAUUAAAUAGUACUAUCUAUUAGUUCAAUUAGACAUUAGACAUUUACUUUUCAAUGUAUUUGAAGCCUGAUUUGAUUUGGGUUCAGUCAUUUAAAAUUAAGAGAGCAGAACUGUGUACAGAUAUCUGUGGCUCUGAAGUCUUAAUUGCAAAUUCAGAUAAGGAUUAGACAGGACUAUAUCUCUCUAGACCAAAGGUAUUUGCUAAUACCUGAGAUAGAAAGGUUGUUAGAUUCUAAAUUUACUAUUUCAAGCUUUUUGCCUUUGGAUUUUUGUUGAACUUUAAUAUUUUGGUUGAAAACAACACAAUUUGUACCAGCAUUAAGAGUGUGGAUGUGGGUGAAAUCUCAAACAAGCCUCACUUACAUUUUCAUUAUUUUGGUCUAGCUAAAAACUGAAAUAGUGUUUAUUUUUGCAAAAAAAAAAAAAAAAAAUUGUCAAAGGCCAUGUUGCAGCAUUAAGCUUUUGUUUUAUACACAAAGAAAUAUAUUAAUGAAAAGUGUUUUAAGUGCUUAUUAUAGAGAUGGUUUGUUUUGAAACAUGGGCUUUUUCACAGCAGUUUUACACUUCAUUGUGUACCAUGAAAGACAUUCUAAGUAGAGGUUGUCAGUCUCCCAUCAGAAGUAGAGUACUGCUGGGGAAUGGAGCCAUUUAGGAUGUCACUCAAGCAGGACUAAUCUAGAGUAGAUAUCUUAUAAAUAACCAGUAACGAAAAAACAAAUCAUUCCUCUCCCCACCAGAGCAGAGAGAAUUACUGCUUAGGAGAAGGAAAUCUUUAUAAUAAAGAUUUACAGUCUGAAUUAGUGAAUUGUUUAGAGCAAAGCAUUGCAUAAAGUUGCAAUGACAACCUUAGAUAGGAGUUCUGGGAGCUGUGGAAAUGUCUUUAUGAGGAGAGGGAAUGAGUUUAGAAGGGCUCUUGUAUACUGGCAUCUCCCACCUUCGUCUUGGGGAGAUGGGUAUGCAUACCCUAGACAUCUACCAGUUAUGAGAUAUGGGCUUAUUUGUGAUAAUAUUUUUCAGUCUCUGCUCCAGUACAUGCUGUUCCUGUUGGAUCCCAGAGAUAAUCUCAAACCCAAUGAGGACCAUUCUUUGCAAAGAGAAUUGUGCACAUUUAAAGUGUACAACUUUUCUAUUACAUGAUAGAAUACAAUGAGAGUACUAAGAGUAUUUUCUGCUUCCUGUUAUUUCAGUUGUCAACAUUUCACUCUUUGAUGAUUUCUUGAAGUAAAUACUGGCCUCUUUAGAUAUUUGCAAGUUCUUUAGCUUUGGAAAUCUUAUCCAUAUCUCCCCUUCUCUCCCUUGUUCUCUUUUAAAGUAGCUAUAAUGAGCUAUCUCUCAAUUCCUAGUGGGGAAAAGGCUUUAUCGAGACCCACUGUGAGAACUAUAUCUGUCAAAGAGAGAAAAAAAACGAUUUUCUCGAUUCUGGUAAGUUCAAAUUUCUCUCGUUGAAGUUCCUGUUGUGUCCAAGCUGUGGCGAUAUGCAGAGAAAAAUGAGUAAGAAUGCCUGGCUGGUUAAAAUAAUCUUCUCAAUCCCCCACCCCAAAUCAUUCUCUCAUUCCAGGACCAAGAAAUGGCACAUUUCCCAAACUCUUUGAAUUUGUCCACCAUAACAUAUCAUUCUGAUAUCCUAGACUACGGAAAGAAGAGAAAAAACCCUCAUAUGUAUAUAUUGCUUUUUUUCAGUAGUUUGGUUUUGAUGAGGUUGGGAAGAGAAUGGAUUUUAUUGAAUGCCAGGGCUUUCCAUUUUAUUGCAUCUAUUUCCACACAUGCCUGUAAGUUAGAUAGAGCAGAUGCUAUCUACAUUUUUCACAUGAGAAAAUUAAAGUACACAGUCUUCCUUAAGAUCUGGCAGCAAGAAGUUAGAUUUAUCUGAGGUACAACAGCAUUUUGGGAAUGCACACUACUUGGGUCCAAACUAUUUCAGGUUUCUGGGGGCAAGUUAAUUUUUUUAGAUUCCCUGUAAUGUACAGGGGGACCAAGGGUCAGGCAACAUGUCUGGAUUGCUGCUAAUAGGGACCCCUCAUCCAGGAGGAAAGUAUUCACUAUUUAACUAGAAUCAUUAACAAAUACAAAUAGCCCCUGCAAUAGAAGAAGUUGAAAAGCUUUUAAACAGUAUAUAUUGCAAAGCAAAUCCAUAGCAUAAAAAUGCAUACUGUUUCUUGUUGUUUCUGCCAUUGAUGGUCUACACUAAAGAAAGAAGAUUCAGUUCUAUAAACAUCUACUGAUUGCUCUGAUCCAGCUGCUUGAGAUGCCACAGAAUUUGGAGACUGGGUGUUGGGGACUGACAGCAAGGAUUGAGUUAAGAAGGUCAUUCUUUCCUUAUAUGUGGGGACCAUGUGAGGUAAAUAUAAGAAAAUAGGAGUAAAAAGGAAUUUUAUCUUCACCAACAACAGUAUAAUAUGCUAUUGAAUAUAACAAAGCUAUUUUCUAUAUAGUAUGUAGUUUGUAUAUACUUGAUAAUUCGGGAUAAGAAAUUCUAUGUAAAAGGUGCAUGACGUAGUCACUUUGAUAAUUUAGCCAUUUAUUUAACCAAAUGCUCCUAUUUACAAUAUACAGUAGCUGAGUUUGGGGGGCUCUAAGAUCUAGAGUCCUGGUCUAGGUGGAAUGAAGGCAAAUCAUGACUUGAAAUUCACAAAUUCAUUUUUGCUUUAAAGGCAAAUCGUGUAAUUUGCUACCACUCUGGGAGGAAUAACAUUUAAUAUAAAACCAUAAUUCGGGAAAUUACAGAACAUCAAAAAUUCACCAAUUUGCUGCUUUGAAAAAAGUAAGGUUAGUUUUUAUUUAAAAUAUCUCAUUCAAAGAAAACAAUAGAUGUGAUAAAAUCAUGAAUUGUUUUGGAACCCAUAAAAUACCCUCUAUGCAGCACCUUUUUCUUUAUUGUUUUUUGUAAACGUGUUCAUGGAAUACCCAAAAUAUAUAAACAUGAAAGCUAUACUCCCUUUCUUCCAUAGUCAAUCAUAAUCUGCCUCUUUAAGAAGGCCUAGUUACAUGUGGCAAAUUUGAUGUCCCUGUCAUCAUCUUGAAAUAUUUGUUGAAUGAAUGGAUGGAUGCAUUCCCCAUCUGUGUAGUCAGUUCUCAAUUAUCCAUUAUAAUGGAGUUGAAAUAGAAAAGGAACGUUUGAGAGUGAAAUCCACAAAUCAUUGAGAAAGUUCAUGUGAUUCAUUACUUUCAAAGUUUCCCACCAAGUCUUUUACACAACUAGAUUAAAAUGUGGCCAAAAAAAAAAAAAAAAAAAUUAAGUUCUUUCUCUUUUGCCUGGUUGUACUGACUUAGACACUAAGGAAUAAAAUUUGAAAUUAGUGACUGAAAUAAAUAUCUAACUAGAGCCCGGAGGCUGAAUGAUUAUCUCUGAAUCAUCACAGCAGUUAGGCCAAACUCAUUGUUCUUAUAUAGAGUUCCUAGGCGGAUAUUUUUUAACAGUUGCUGGUAAAUCUGAACUAAGGGUACAAAAGGAAAGAUGCUCUCAAAAGGAUGUUGAAUGGUAACAGAGACUGUCACCUUUGCAGUGCGAUAGAGAGGGGAAAACACAAUUUAAAUGUUUUAGGAAAUACUGAAAAGAUACGGGACUCUAGAGUGAAAGUUCGAGAUACAUCUGUUCUUUUGUAAAAGUUAAUCCUAAGACAGCACUAUAUCAUGUGAGUAUGUGCAUAAGUGUUCUGGAGGGAAGGCCUGGGAUUCCUCAGGGCUUAGACCCCUUGGUAAAAUAUAUUGGCUGGGUCAAGGUCACAUUCAUUUUUGGUCUUAUAUUUCAGAAUAUUUGGAAGGAAGAAGGUUUUGGGUUUUUGUUUUUCCUCCAUCUCUUUUAAAAUGUCUAGCUACUUCCCAUUAAGUUACUUUUGAAAGCUCUUAUAGCUUGGGAGGAAAAAAACGGCAGUAAAAUCAGCAUGGUUUCUGACAAAAGGCCUGCAAGCAACAAUGGUAGGAUAACCAAAUGCCACACGGAGUUGAUAACACUAGUGGAGUCACAGCUGAGCAGCACAAGCCCAGGAAGCCCAACUUUAUGUUGCGUGCAAGAUCACUGGUGACUGAUUUUAUUCCUGCUCCGAAGAAAAUGUAGACAAUGCAUGCACACCUGGUCUUUCUUACCACUCCCCACCUCCUCCCUCCUGUUGUAUCUGAAGCCAGGGUUUCUGACACUCUGAGAGAUGAUAUUAUCAUAAUACAUAAUCCUUAAUACUUCCAAAGAGUCUUGGCUUUUCAGCUAAGAAAUUAUGUACGCUUUAAGUUUAUUUGGACUAUACCUAUACACUUUGUUAAAGGAUGAUAUCACAGGAUUGUAAGAAUAUAUACACUGUGAUGUAUUUGCACAACUAUUAUAAAAUAUGCAGAAAGCCCAAAUGCACCUCUGAGAUUAACUUGUUUAAAUCAGAACAUAGACUUAAGAUAAAAGGAAACUAUAAGCAGUAGUAGUAUUAGUUUGUUGAACUCCUUUCCUGACAUUUUCUUUUACUGUUUUUUAAAAGGAGGGUGACAGUAAUUGUUAAUAUGGACUUAAAAAAUACCCUUUAAUGGUUUAAUCUUGCCAUGUCUCAUAAAUUCCAACCUUCUUUGAUAAGAAAAGUCUGAUAUUACAGAACAGGCAAAGCUCUCUGAACAUUAAUUGAAAGCAUCCAAUUGAAUUGUCAUAUCUUUGCAAAGAAGUAAGCAUAAGCACUAGUGUGUAGUUUGAAACUUUCGAUACAGGAAUACAAGAAACAUGUUUAUGUAUGCACAGGAACUUCUAGUGAUAGGUACUACUGUGUGUGUGUGUGUGUGUGUGUGUCUGUAUCAAUAUAUAGAUGUAUGGUCCUUUGCCUUCAGUUAUCAUUUGCCCAUGUUAGUUGGUAAUGCUUAUAGGUUAUAAAGACAACAAAGCCAAACAUAUUAUUUCCAUUAAUAGAAGUGAGACAUCGUCCUCAUCAUCCUGGUAUAAACUUACUGGUGGUUCUGCAUCUAACUUUCUUUUAUUUUGAUAACUUUUAAUCUUGAGAAAGAGAAAAAAGAUUAGUGAGAAGGCAGCAAAAGAUUCUCUUUGAAACAAUUCUGUUCUAAUCACUGUAACAAUUUUACUAUUUUAAUUCUCCCAACAGUCCAAUGAAGCAGUUACUAUUCUAAGCCCAUUUUAUAGAGGAAGAAACUGAAGCACAGUAAAGUUAACUGGCUCAAGACCAGAUAGCUAAUAAGAGGCAUGGAUAGGACCUAGGCAAUGUUCCAGAAUACAUGUCCACUGUACUCUACUGUUCUAAAAUACCUUAAUAGAGGAAGAAAGAAAUGUCUCAGACUCAACUAAUUAGUAAUUCCCAUUAUACUGAAUCCAUGCUGGACUAAACAGUUCUUUAAUUUGGCCAAUUUUAGUUCAAAUGCCCAGAAGUUCUUUCUGAAGAGAAUAGGACCUCUAGCAGUGUGUUCUGAACUGCUUUCCAGAGGUAAAGAGAGAUAUGAUUCUCCUGUUUGCUUCAGGAAAGAAAUAUACAUAAAAGUAAAGAAUGAGUUCCUGUCUGGUAUUUUAUCAACUUCACUAAAAAACUUUUAUUUUUUUUUUCUUUAGAGGCAGCUGAGAUGAAUUGUUGCAGAGUGCCUACCUGUUCAAUAAGAAAUUCAUUCUCUCCUGUCACAUGCACCCGCAAUUUCCAUUGAUAGAACCUUUCAGAAAAUGGAAAUAAAAUGUAUCUGAAAUUUCUUAUACAGCGAGAAAGCAGAGAAAAGAGGACUCUGCUCUCUUGCUAUUGAAGCAAAGGGCAAAUUAUACAUUUUUUUACAGGAUUUUUUACAAAAAUACUUAACUCUUUUACAUCUCAGUUUCCCCAUCUGUUAAAUGGGAAUAAUAACCCUUCUAAGUGCCUGAAUAUUCCAGGUUUAAAAGGCCAAGUGAGCUUAGAAUGAAAACAUCUAUUUUCUUUCAGUUCUGUGGCUAAGGACGCCUUGAAGUAACCAAGCCACAGAGCAAAGAUGAUGGCCUUUAUCAUGUAGAGAGUGGACGACCAGAUGGCAGAGCCCAUUCUACAUAAUGACUCUCACUCUGGUGGUUUGUAAUUUAUGAAGUAGCCUUCUAAUCAAAGGCGCUGUUGGCUGCCAGAGAGCUCAGCCACAGCAUGGAGAUAGCUUCUUCCAAAAAGAAAAGAAAUAUAUAUCAGCUGAAUAUUCUUCCAUCUAAUAUGAUAAACAGUCUAAAACACAAGAAAGGUUAACACCAAUGAUUCUGAUUUUUAUUUUGUAAACCUUAAGGAAAGAAGCAAAAGGACAGGUUGUCUAGGGAGGCCUUUUCCCUUGACUUUAUCAGGGAAGAAACAGGAACUAUUCUAGCCACCCUUGUGUCUUUGGGUCUACUUGUGGCUCCCAGGCCCUGAUGCCUAAGCGGGGAGGAAAAAAAGGGAAAAGAAUAAAGGCAGUGGAGUGGCAGACAGUGAAAGGGCAGAUGAAAGGGACAGGAGAGAAAUGAUGAAAGGGGUUUGCACAGCUGGGCUGAGGCAAAAUACCCCCCACCAAAUGUCAGUGGUUGCUCAGAGACAUCAAAAAGGCAUUGGAGGAAUUUCUCUAAUUUCCAUAACCAAAGUUAAAAUAAAUCAGAAGUAUGAUGAAUAUGGUAAUAAUUCUGCAACCUCUUCUCACAGUCCCUAAGAUUUUGUCCCUUCAUCUCUUUUGCUGUGACUAGCAUUUCUAUUGUUCAUGAUCCCAGUUCUUUUUCUAAUAUGACAACAGCCUCACUAAUCUAGCUAUAGCUGAAGUCAUAGUUUCCAAAGAACUUCACUUGAUUUAGAGACAUACACUGCCCCAUUUUCUCUUAAGCGUGUAAGGAGACUAAGAAUAACCCAUCCACUACUUGGUGUUGGGUACAUUUUCAAUCUGGCAUGCCAAAAUUCCCAACUCCAGGGUGAGAAAUAAAUCUGUUUCUUUGAAUAGCAAUGAGAAAGAUGGGUAAGCAUUUUAAAAGGGUAGAUGAUGAGAGUGGGUAGCAGUGCUAAAUGGAAUUUUAUGUUCUUAUGAACCAUUCAGUGUAAAAUGAUAGAGUGUUUUCUGAUUAGGUGAUUUUAGCUUUUAUGGUGAGAAAAUGGUUAAACAUAGAGCACUCUCCUAAGGUAUUUCGUAUGAAGGCUUUUCUUCUUUACUGAAAGCACAUCAGGGAAAUGGAUGAUGCAUCUCAUUUGAUUCAAGUGAAACAGUUUAAAUUGUUAUGACUUUGAGUUUUUUUAAAAAAGGUAAAUAGCUCUCUGUAGUAAAGAACUGUAUCACAGUGUGUUCUUCAGGUGGUGGCCUCGUGCCUAUCAACGUAUUAAUUUGUGACGUUUGAUAAAUACAUGCCACUGGACAGUAGGUUGUCAGGACAUAUAUUUAUAAAGGGUCCUAGCCUAUGGAGUUUUCAUUUUUAAGCCAAGAUGCUGGCAAGUAGCAUCAUCUCUGAAUUAAUUGUAUUUAAAUAGGGUUAGGAGGAAGAGCAGUGAGGUAAGAAGAAAUGCUUUAAGAACAGCCAUUCAUAUCAGAAAAGCCAGGAGAUAUUUUUUUAAGAGAUCACAAACUAUGACUGAAGAACAGUUUUUCAAGGCAGUGCUUUGAAAACUGGACAUAGAAUAUCAGCUAAUAAAGAAAGAAUAGAGGUGGCUUUCUUAGGAGAGAGAAAGUCUACACAAAUGGAAUGUGGUACCGAGAGAGAGGUUGGUUAGCUGGAAGGCAAGUCACAAGUAGAAGAGCGAUUUUGUUCUCUCCGAGGCGAUGUCUGCCAGAUUAGAAGCAUCACUGCCCUCUAUUGUUCACAAGAGAACUGCAGAAUUGCCUGAGAACACAGGCUAGGCAUUUGUUGCCUUGUAAACAGACUUCUUUACAAACUGCAAUGGAUGAUAAUCAAUAAAGUUGAAGGAAGGGAGGAAGGAAGGAAGGAAGGAAGGAAGGAAGGAAGGAAGGAAGGAAGGAAUGUUGAUUCAUUUGUGGUCCUCUUUGUAUUGUUUGAGCACUAUUGUCCAACUGUUUAAAACAUGAAAUCUUUAAAACGUUUUUCCUAGACUAGCUAUUUGAGUUUAUUAACAUAAGACAUAUUCCUCAGAAAAAAGGUGCAAUUUACAUUUAGUGAUAGGUGAGAACAAAGUUUAUGAUGCAAAAAAUUCUUCUAUUAAUUUCAUUAUACUUAUUUUUUGUUUGUUUUGAUAAACCUUUAUUUGCCAAUUAGCAUUUAACUAACUUAGGUAGAAAAAUGCUGAUAUUAAUAUCUAGUUUUCUCCUUUGCGUAAUUAUAUUUCCCAGUAAUGAUUUCGAUCUGUCGUUGUCAUGGAAAAUACAGGGACUGGAAACUUUUCUAAAGCUAAAAUAACAUUAAAAAUAGCAUUGCUUAGCUAUGUGUUUUACCAAAUUAAAGAUUACUGCAAGAAUGACAACUUCAUUCAAGCAAAUCAUUUGGAAUUACAUUAAACAGCUGCUGUUAAACAGCUGACGACAAAGGAGACCAUUUUGAUCUCCACAGCACAGGGAAUCUAGCAGGGCGCUCCCUGCAUGGGGUUAUGAAGAACAUUGUGCUCCUGUGGACCCACACACAGCGUACUCCCCAUCGUGCUUGUUGCCAAACACUGGGCUCUCUAAUCACUUUGUAUUCAGUCAGAGAUCCAGGAAGUCCAAAUCCAGCCAGACAAAUGCAGAACAGCUUAGCAGAAGCAGCUUUAACAGGUGCCGUCGGUAUGGUCUUAGGGAACCUGAGAGACACGACAAACCAUGGGGAGCGUUGGUCAUCAAUGUCAGUUUGCCCAGCUCACAGGAUGGCAUCAGUCGCUGAACAGCAGUUUGCCACAGAGGCCAGUUAAUUGAUCCUUAAGUGAUGACAUAACAGUGCAAAUAUAUAUAUAUAUAUAUAUUUAGACACCUUAGCUGUACAAGUCUCCAGCAAACAGGCUAAUGCUGGGUCUCUUGCCUGCUCCCCCUGCUCCUCAUAGUGCUAGAAAGAGAAUGGACUGGAAUAAAGAGCAUGUAGCCAUGACAAAUUAAAAGGGAUGGAUGCGAGAUUUGAUUUAAGCAAGUGUGGUCUUUCUACGUCGACCGUAGGCAACUGAAGAUUGCCACCCCAUAGGCAUAGACACACAUGGAUGGGCCACUCCCCGGCUCUGUCCCUGUCUAGAAGGGUAUGUGAUGCCCCCCAGGAGACAACACUCACAUACCAUGUUUUGAGAUUAUUUCUAGUUGGAGAGGGCCACUGCACUCAGUUGCAGACUUGCUUUCUGUGCCAUAUUUUGGGUCAUCUGCCUCAAUAAAGCACUUGAUUUAAGUGAGUUUGAAAAAGUUGGCUGGCCUGACAACAUCCUUCCAGAUCCUGUCACUUUAUAAACACAGGGACGACUUAUAUUCCCCACAAAAAAAAUCAGAAUUUGUGUAUUGGCAAAAUGUUCAUAAACUUACUUGUGUAACUUGAGCACACACGAGAGAAAAAAGAGGUUCCUGUGUGUUCAGAUACAGCAAGUUGCAGAAGAAAUUUGAAAAAUCUGCAUUAAGGUGGACAACAGCCUGUAUACAUAGUUCUAUUAACAUUUAGACUAAUGGCUUGGUACUGAUAGCAAAAAAGGGAGAGGGAGGGGGGAGAGAGAAAGAGAGAGAGAGAGAGAGAAAGAGAGAGAGAGAGAAAGGCCACAUUUUAAAUUAUUUGGAAUUACUGGCAAAGUGUUUGCUUCUGCAGUUGGGAAAACAUUUGACUCUCUUGUAUGUUUUUCUUAUUCUGCUGCUACUGCAUUAAAAAAAAUGGGGUCCCAGACAGAUUAGAGUAGCUAGGUAUUCUGGUGCCACAAAGUGUCCAUUUCUGUCCUGUCUGGGUAGCAUGGGUUAGUGUGAUACUUGUAACCUGUUCUGAGCAUCUGGGCAAGCCUUGAUCUAGGGUGUACAUUGACAAGUGAAUUGAGAGUCCAUUGCUUAUGAGGGAUUCCAGCUUUACCCUCUGCUUCCAAAGCCUCUUAUUUUCUAAACUUUAUUUGUAAAUCAAUAAUUACAUCCCAAUAUAGUCCUAUCUGAACCCCCUACAUUUUAAGAGUAAUAACUCUGUUUCAAUAGUAUUUUUUAUUCAAGUUCAUGUUACCAACAUCAUAGAAUUAAUCUUUAUACAAUCACCUUUCUAGUUCAUUUGCAAGAAACUAAAGCAAAAUGGAGUUGAUAGAAUAAGCAACAUUAUAUGCAAAAUGAGGGAGAAAACCUACUGGAUUUUAUUAAUUAUACCUUAGCCUCCUGAGCACUGUUGUUUUUUGAAUUAUGCCACAUACUGUUUUCAUACAUUAAUAAUAUUUUAAGGUUUGAAUAGACUUUGUAUAAAUUAGUUCUUUUGUCUCACAGUAAAUUCGGUAGGCUGAGGCCUAAAAUGAUUGAACGAUUCGCUCAAAGCCCACAAAUUGCUCACAGCAGAACCAGAAUUAUACCGGUUUUUUCCCCAACCCUUCUCCACUCUUUCUGAAUAUAUACACCACUCUCUUGAGUUUCCUUACCUAAAAUACAAUUUCAGCUUUUCUCUAUAUGAAAGCGAUGACAAAGUGAUUUUACAGCCAGUUCUGAAAGUGACUAAACUUGACAACAAUUGUAUUUUAUGACAACCUCUGCUUUCAUGUCCCCGGCCUACUUUUACAUCUUUUUUUUUUUUUACCCCAAAUAUGAACAAUUUCAUAUCUCUUCAUUGGCUGAAAACAAAUCCCCUUACCAGGAAUACAUUUUAAUGGAAGAGAGCCUGCUUCACAUACGUCACCAGAGCCUUCACAUCUUAACUCUGUAAUAUUCAAUUUCUCACUCACUGAGAACCAAAGCCUUGUUUUUUGUAGUUUUAUUUUUGUUUUGUUUUUGUGUGGUUUGUGUUCAUAAAGGUUGGGGAAGAAUUAGUAUUAUGGAACUAAACCAGAUUAAGGGGGAAUGUGAAUUAGAUUUGGUAACAGAUGGUGCUGUGGAAAUUAAAGGUUCUUUGCGAAUGGAAGCGACAGCAGCUUGCCUCUGUUCUCUCUGUCUCUCGUUCGUGCACUUGAUAGACGGGUAUAAAUCACAACAAUCCUGUCUUGACAGCCAAUUUCGAGAAUUUGAUCUGGUUAAAGACAUGGCUUUCCCGCUCCACUCACCGAAACCUGCUUCUAUUUUAUUUUUACACAGCACCUUGUCAUAUUUAGAAAAGCAGGCUCGCCUGCUUCCUCUUAAUGAAAUUUUUUCUUAAUUACAGUUUUAGCUCUUUAGUGUUAAUUACUUUUUCAUUCAGCCUGAAUUUUCGUUAUAUCUCUCAGGGAUUAUUUUUUCUUUUUUUCUCACCCUUUUCACUCACGUAUAUUCUUUCGUUUUUUUUCCAAAGAUCCUUUUCAUUAUCAGAAGUUGUUGUCAGAGGCACUAUUUGAGACUCCUAAUUACCAAAGUUAUUUUUUUUUUAGGGAGAAAGACUUUCAGAUGAUGUAGUAAAGUUACCAAAUCAGAAAAAAUUUUUAAAGUGCCAGAAGCAAUCACCAAAACUAGCACUGAUUUCAACAAAAUUUCACAAAAAGGUGAAUGACAACACUUAUUUUCACCUAGUAAGGGCUGCAGAAAUAUCUGUUCUGUUGGCUAAAAUAAAUUCCACCAUGUAAAAAGACAUGGCCACCGUGUGGCAGAACCACUUCAUGCCUGUGUUGACCUUGGGGUGGUCUAGGGAUUCCGAAUUAAAAUGCAAUCUUCAGAUGUAGGAGACGCUCCAUGAGAGACCAGGAACACUGAACAAACUGCAUGGAUCCCUUGCAUCCAGAUUCUCAGAUCUGACAAGCUUAGGGGCCAAGUACUAAGGUUGCCUCUGACAAAUCCACAUGGCAUUUGGGCUUCCAACAUAUCAAGGAACGGGAAAUAGAAGAGAGGGAAAAAAUCACUCCAAAAAUGAAGAGAAGAUUCUUUGAGCAAGCAACUAACAGUUGGUAGAAAUGAAGCUUCCUACUGGCAGUCAAAUCAAAUGUAGUAACAACUCAACAGCUCCCCGCUGCUUGCUGACAGCGUGGUGUCACACACUGGGACAAACAUUCACUUAGACACUGAUUGCAGGGAAGUGCCCUUCCGCCAACACCUCCCACCAAAAACGUAAUGAGCAAAAAGAGAACCAUUUCUAGGAAAAAACCAAGAGUCCCAUUCCCCAGCUCCCCUAAAAUGAUAACGUUUCUGUUUGUCUUUUUGUAGCCCACUGGGAGUGAGUGUUCAGUUGAAUGUGGUUGCUGCAGUUUCCUUGUUAUGUAGCAAGUUGUUUAAUUACUUAUUCUCCUGCUACACACACACAGACAUAUACACAACACACACACACACACACACACACACACACACGGGCCCUGGCAUGCCCCUGAAUGGUGACUCAGUGCAGUGGCAGCAAAGGAAAUGGAAAUUUGGGAGUUUAAAGAGUACUCCUUGGUGCAAUAGUCCUUGCUCUCAAGGUCUAAUCAGACUCACAAGGCAGUGUGUUUUUUAUUUGAGUAGAAUAUAUGCUUUUUAAAAAUGGCCGGAGUUCUUUAAGAAGCAUAUAGGCAAAUACUCUCAUUUUAUAAAUGAGAAAACUGAGAGUCAGUGUGGUACAAUGACUUGGCUCCAGUUACACAGUGCCUGGAUCCAGAGCUAGAACCCAUGUCUAGUGCUCUGUCAAAUACUGCAGGAAGUCAGGGCUCCCUGGGAAAGGAGAGGAGAAGAAAAGCAAGCAGCAGAGACUCUGGUAUAGUCCCUUUUUUUUCAGCUGAUUUUUUAGAAUGGCAAAUUAUAUUUAGACAUUUUUCUCUGCAUGUUUGUAUUUGGACUUUUGAAUGUGACAAAUGACAAGCAGAUCCUGAUUUGAACUCUUGGCUUUUCAGUGGCUUCUACUGGCUUCACUGAAUGCUAUCUUGCUGCUGAAUAAUCCUUUAAAAAAAAAAAAAAAAAAACCUGUCAUGCUACAAAAUAAAUCCUUAGUCAUUUCCAUGGCUUGAAUUAAAUAUAUGUGCAGAUAUAUGUUAUUUUCCCUUGCCUGCAAAUAGUGGCUUGUGUGUUUUAGCUUUACUUUCUCUUCAAGUAACUAGCUCAAUGAAAUGUUUAUUUAAAAAGAGGAUAGAGGAGGAAUUUUUAGGAUUAAUAAUUAGCUGAGUUCCCCUCCUCCCUGCCUCCCCACUACUCUUCUACUUCAGCUGGACAACACCUGAUACCAACAAUAUAAUGUCAACUCUGCUAUAGAUCGCCCAAGACCAGCUGCAUUUACAUCCAGAUGUUAACUACUGCAGACUAAGCUAUUAAGGCUUCUCUGCAGAAUGUCAAACAAAGAUCGACACAUUGAUUCCAGCUGUUCGUCCUUCAUCAAGACGGAACCUUCCAGCCCGGCCUCCCUGACGGACAGCGUCAACCACCACAGCCCUGGUGGCUCAUCAGACGCCAGUGGGAGCUACAGUUCAACCAUGAAUGGCCAUCAGAACGGACUUGACUCGCCACCUCUCUACCCUUCUGCUCCUAUCCUGGGAGGUAAUGGUCCUGUCAGGAAACUGUAUGAUGACUGCUCCAGCACCAUCGUUGAAGAUCCCCAGACCAAGUGUGAAUACAUGCUCAACUCGAUGCCCAAGAGACUGUGUUUAGUGUGUGGUGACAUCGCUUCUGGGUACCACUAUGGGGUAGCGUCAUGUGAAGCCUGCAAGGCGUUCUUCAAGAGGACAAUUCAAGGCAAUAUAGAAUACAGCUGCCCUGCCACGAAUGAAUGUGAAAUCACAAAGCGCAGACGUAAAUCCUGCCAGGCUUGCCGCUUCAUGAAGUGUUUAAAAGUGGGCAUGCUGAAAGAAGGGGUGCGUCUUGACAGAGUACGUGGAGGUCGGCAGAAGUACAAGCGCAGAAUAGAUGCGGAGAACAGCCCAUACCUGAACCCUCAGCUGGUUCAGCCAGCCAAAAAGCCAUUGCUCUGGUCUGAUCCUGCAGAUAACAAGAUUGUCUCACAUUUGUUGGUGGCUGAACCGGAGAAGAUCUAUGCCAUGCCUGACCCUACUGUCCCCGACAGUGACAUCAAAGCCCUCACUACACUGUGUGACUUGGCCGACCGAGAGUUGGUGGUUAUCAUUGGAUGGGCGAAGCAUAUUCCAGGCUUCUCCACGCUGUCCCUGGCGGACCAGAUGAGCCUUCUGCAGAGUGCUUGGAUGGAAAUUUUGAUCCUUGGUGUCGUAUACCGGUCUCUUUCGUUUGAGGAUGAACUUGUCUAUGCAGACGAUUAUAUAAUGGACGAAGACCAGUCCAAAUUAGCAGGCCUUCUUGAUCUAAAUAAUGCUAUCCUGCAGCUGGUAAAGAAAUACAAGAGCAUGAAGCUGGAGAAAGAAGAAUUUGUCACCCUCAAAGCUAUAGCUCUUGCUAAUUCAGACUCCAUGCACAUAGAAGAUGUUGAAGCCGUUCAGAAGCUUCAGGAUGUCUUACAUGAGGCGCUGCAGGAUUAUGAAGCUGGCCAGCACAUGGAAGACCCUCGUCGAGCUGGCAAGAUGCUGAUGACACUGCCACUCCUGAGGCAGACCUCUACCAAGGCCGUGCAGCAUUUCUACAACAUCAAACUAGAAGGCAAAGUCCCCAUGCACAAACUUUUUUUGGAAAUGCUGGAGGCCAAGGUCUGACUAAAAGCUCCCUGGGCCUUCCCAUCCUUCAUGCUGAAAAAGGGAAAAUAAACCCAAGAGUGAUGUCAAAGAAACUUAGAGUUUAGUUAACAACAUCAAAAAUCAACAGACUGCACUGACAAUUUAGCAGCAAGACUAUGAAGCAGCUUUCAGAUUCCUCCAUAACUUCCUGAUGAGUUUCUUUCUACUUUCUCCAUCAUCUUCUUUCCUCUUCCUUCCCACAUUUCUCUUCCUCUUUAUUUUUUCUCCCUUUCUUCUUCCCUCCUCCCUUAUUUCUUUGCUUCUUUCAUUCCUAGUUCCCAUUCUCCUUUAUUUUCUUCCCAUCUGCCUGCCUGCCUUCUUUCUUUUCUUUGCUACUCUCGUUCCUCUCUUUACUCAUCUUCCUCCUGUUUUCUAAAUUUUAAAUAGCUUUAGUUGUAAAAAAAAAAAAAAAAAAAAUCCUUCCGUCCCCCUUUCCUUUUUCUUUCUUCCCUUUUUUUCCUUUUUCCCUUUCCCCUUUCCUCUUUCCUUUCCUUCUGAUCUUCUUUCCAUCUUUCUUUUUCUUCCUUCUGCUGCUGAACUUUUAAAAAAGGUCUCUAACUGAAAAGAGAUGGAAGCCAGCCCUGCCAAAGGAUGGAGAUCCAUAAUAUGGAUGCCAGUGAACUUAUUGUGAACCAUACCGUCCCCAGUGACUAAGGAAUCAAAGAGAGAGAACCAACGUACCUAAAAGUACAGUGCAACAUAUACGAAUUGACUGAGUGCAGUAUUAGAUUUCAUGGGAGCAGCCUCUAAUUAGACAACUUAAGCAACGUUGCAUCGGCUGCUUCUUAUCAUUGCUUUUCCAUCUAGAUCAGUUACAGCCAUUUGAUUCCUUAAUUGUUUUUUCAAGUCUUCCAGGUAUUUGUUAGUUUAGCUACUAUGUAACUUUUUCAGGGAAUAGUUUAAGCUUUAUUCAUUCAUGCAAUACUAAAGAGAAAUAAGAAUACUGCAAUUUUGUGCUGGCUUUGAACAAUUAUGAACAAUAAUGAAGGACAAAUGAAUCCUGAAGGAAGAUUUUUAAAAAUGUUUUGUUUCUUCUUACAAAUGGAGAUUUUUUUGUACCAGCUUUACCACUUUUCAGCCAUUUAUUAAUAUGGGAAUUUAACUUACUCAAGCAAUAGUUGAAGGGAAGGUGCAUAUUAUCACGGAUGCAAUUUAUGUUGUGUGCCAGUCUGGUCCCAAACAUCAGUUUCUUAACAUGAGCUCCAGUUUACCUAAAUGUUCACUGACACAAAGGAUUAGAUUACACCUACAGUGACUCUGAGUAGUCACACAUAUAAGCACUGCACAUGAGAUAUAGAUCCGUAGAAUUAUCAGGAGUGCACCUCUCUACUUGGGAGGUACAGUUGCCAUAUGAUUUCUAGCUGCCACGGUGGUUAGGAAUGUGAUACUGCCUGUUUGCAAAGUUACAGACCUUGUCUCAGAAGGAGCUGUGAGCCAGUAUUCAUUUAAGAGGCAAUAAGGCAAAUGCCAGAAUUAAAAAAAAAAAAAAAAAUCAUCAAAGACAGAAAACGCCUGACCAAAUUCUAAAACCUAAUCCAUAUAAGUUUAUUCAUUUAGGAAUGUUCGUUUAAAUUAAUCUGCAGUUUUUACCAAGAGCUAAGCCAAUAUAUGUGCUUUUCAACCAGUAUUGUCACAGCAUGAAAGUCAGUCAGGUUCCAGACUGUUAAGAGGUGUAAUCUAAUGAAGAAAUCAAUUAGAUGCCCCAAAAUCUACAGUCACUGAAUAACCAAUAAACAGUAACCUCCAUCAAAUGCUAUACCAAUGGACCAGUGUUAGUAGCUGCUCCCUGUACUAUGUGAACAGUCUUAUUCUAUGUACACAGAUGUAAUUAAAAUUGUAAUCCUAACAAACAAAAGAAAUGUAGUUCAGCUUUUCAAUGUUUCAUGUUUGCUGUGCUUUUCUGAAUUUUAUGUUGCAUUCAAAGACUGUUGUCUUGUUCUUGUGGUGUUUGGAUUCUUGUGGUGUGUGCUUUUAGACACAGGGUAGAAUUAGAGACAAUAUUGGAUGUACAAUUCCUCAGGAGACUACAGUAGUAUAUUCUAUUCCUUACCAGUAAUAAGGUUCUUCCUAAUAAUUAAUUAAGAGAUUGAAACUCCAAACAAGUAUUCAUUAUGAACAGAUACACAUCAAAAUCAUAAUAAUAUUUUCAAAACAAGGAAUAAUUUCUCUAAUGGUUUAUUAUAGAAUACCAAUGUAUAGCUUAGAAAUAAAACUUUGAAUAUUUCAAGAAUAUAGAUAAGUCUAAUUUUUAAAUGCUGUAUAUAUGGCUUUUGCUCAAUCAUCUCUCAGAUGUUGUUAUUAACUCGCUCUGUGUUGUUGCAAAACUUUUUGGUGCAGAUUCGUUUCCAAAACUAUUGCUACUUUGUGUGCUUUAAACAAAAUACCUUGGGUUGAUGAAACAUCAACCCAGUGCUAGGAAUACUGUGUAUCUAUCAUUAGCUAUAUGGGACUAUAUUGUAGAUUGUGGUUUCUCAGUAGAGAAGUGACUGUAGUGUGAUUCUAGAUAAAUCAUCAUUAGCAAUUCAUUCAGAUGGUCAAUAACUUGAAAUUUAUAGCUGUGAUAGGAGUUCAGAAAUUGGCACAUCCCUUUAAAAAUAACAACAGAAAAUACAACUCCUGGGAAAAAAGGUGCUGAUUCUAUAAGAUUAUUUAUAUAUGUAAGUGUUUAAAAAGAUUAUUUUCCAGAAAGUUUGUGCAGGGUUUAAGUUGCUACUAUUCAACUACACUAUAUAUAAAUAAAAUAUAUACAAUAUAUACAUUGUUUUCACUGUAUCACAUUGAAGUACUUGGGCUUCAGAAGUAAGAGCCAACCAACUGAAAACCUGAGAUGGAGAUAUGUUCAAAGAACGAGAUACAAUUUUGUAGUUUUCAGUGUAACUCUCAGCAUUUCAAAAGAGUAAGUAUCUCACAAAUAGGAAAUACAACUAAAACGUAGAUUUAAAAAGAACUGCACGGGCUUUAGGGUAAUUGCUCAUCUUAAACCUCACUAGAGGGAAGUCUUUUCAAGUUUCAAGCAAGACCAUUUACUUAAUGUGAAGUUUUGGAAAGUUAUAAAGGUGUAUGUUUUAGCCAUAUGAUUUUAAUUUUAAUUUUGCUUCUUUUAGGUUCGUUCUUAUUUAAAGCAAUAUGAUUGUGUGACUCCUUGUAGUUACACUUGUGUUUCAAUCAGAUCAGAUUGUUGUAUUUAUUCCACUAUUUUGCAUUUAAAUGAUAACAUAAAAGAUAUAAAAAAUUUAAAACUGCUAUUUUUCUUAUAGAAGAGAAAAUGGGUGUUGGUGAUUGUAUUUUAAUUAUUUAAGCGUCUCUGUUUACCUGCCUAGGAAAACAUUUUAUGGCAGUCUUAUGUGCAAAGAUCGUAAAAGGACAAAAAAUUUAAACUGCUUCUAAUAAUCCAGGAGUUGCAUUAUAGCCAGUAGUAAAAAUAAUAAUAAUAAUAAUAAAACCAUGUCUAUAGCUGUAGAUGGGCUCCACAUCUGUAAAGCAAUCAAUUGUAUAUUUUUGUGAUGUGUACCAUACUGUGUGCUCCAGCAAAUGUCCAUUUGUGUAAAUGUAUUUAUUUUAUAUUGUAUAUAUUGUUAAAUGCAAAAAGGAGAUAUGAUUCUGUAACUCCAAUCAGUUCAGAUGUGUAACUCAAAUUAUUAUGCCUUUCAGGAUGAUGGUAGAGCAAUAUUAAACAAGCUUCCACUUUUGACUGC